GAAAGACUGAUAAUCAUUGUAGAGUGAAAAUUUACUGAACGGGAGUGUCAAAUCGAAGUCGCGGAAUCAAGUCGUAAUUACGGAUACUUUCUCUUAUCAUAAACAUAUUCUACCGAAAAGUGCAGUGCUUGAGAAGGCAAAUUUUCGAUUUUCAUCAAACAUCGGUUGGAUAAAGAGAAACUAAUCACAAUGGCCACGUCAUUUACAAAUUUUUCAUACGAGCGAUUCAUGAGAAACAUGGGUCAAAAUUUGGAACCCAGCGUAAGAUACCACCUGUCCAAAGUGUACGCAUGUCUCACCGCAACAUGCGCAGCGGCUACCAUCGGAUCACUAAUCCAUCUCCAAGGAAUAUAUGAAGCUGGGUUGUUCAGUGCACUCAUCCCGCUGGGUCUAGUGUUGGGCCUAGUGUUCACACCGGAUAAUGGCAAAAACUUCAACAUGCGAUUGGGACUGUUGCUAGCUCUUGGUGCAUUCACGGGACACUCAAUGGGCAUAAUGUUGGAACAAGUCAUGUUCAUCAACCCAGCCAUCAUCGUUACGGCUCUUGUUGGAACAACUACCAUCUUCACCUGCUUGAGUGCAUCGGCAGUGCUGGCGAAACGUGGAAGCUACCUGUUCCUCGGAGGCAUCCUGUUUAGCACACUCAGUGCAAUGGCCCUCAUCAGCUUGGGAAAUUUGCUGUUCCGAUCCUACUUUGUACAAGAGCUCACCUUGUACAUCGGCUUGGCAGUGAUGUCCGGAUUCAUACUGUUCGAUACCCAGAUGAUCAUGGAAAAGCACCGUAUGGGUAGCAACGAUUGCAUCGCCCACGCUAUGGAUCUGUUCUACGAUGUCAUCAGCAUUUUCCGCCGUCUGUUGAUCAUUCUUACCCAGAAGGAGCAGAACAACGAACGCAAGAAGAAGAGGAACUAAACUU